AUGACAUCUUCCAACCUCACCCACUUUGGCACAUCAACAUUCAUCCUAGCAGGCAUCCCUGGCCUGGAAGAUGCCCACGUCUGGAUUUCCUUCCCUUUCGCUACUUGCUACAGUUUGUGCCUGUUGGGGAAUUUCACGGUUCUGUUUGUGGUUGGCAAAGAGCAGACCCUGCACCAGCCGAUGUACCUGCUGCUCUGCAUGUUGGCACUCACCGACAUCGGCAUCUCUACCUCUGUUGUACCAAAGGCCCUGGGUAUAUUUUGGUUCAAUUUGAAAGGCAUUACUCCAAGCGGCUGCCUCACCCAGAUUAUCUUCCUUAACACAGUUUCUAUGACUCAAUCAGCCGUCCUUGUGGCAAUGGCCUUCGAUCGCUACAUGGCCAUAUGUAAUCCUCUGAGAUAUGCCACCAUCCUCAGCAAUGCACAAAUAGCCAAGCUAGGGCUGGUGGGUUUGACAAGAGCUGUUCUCCUCAUGCUGCCCUUGCCUCUGCUCCUGGGCAGGCUGCCCUUCUGUGCCAAUCGCAUUAUCCCCCAAACGCACUGUGAGCCUAUAGCCGUGGCAAAGAUCUCCUGUGGAGACCUCACAUUCUACAGGCUGUACGGCUUGGUGCUCGCCAUUGCAGUCAUUGGAUCAGAUCUGACACUCAUUGCCAUAUCCUAUUGUCUGAUCAUCAAGGCCCUCCUCAGAAUCUCCUCCAAGAAAGCCCACCAGAAAGCCCUCAACACCUGCACGGCCCACAUCUGUGUGAUGUUGAUGAUGGCUACCUUUAGAUCUCUACUCCUGCUGCAGGCCUUCAAGCGCACCUACGCCAGUGUCUGA